AGACGGAACCUCUGGGGCCUAAUCUCAUGGGAGCAUCUGACGAGGAUGGAUCAGAUUGGACAGCUCAAGUACUAUCGGGCCUGGUGUCUGUCAGGCGUCGGCGCAGGAUGGGCAGUCGCUUGGAGAUUCUGUCGGUGGACCGACGUGAUCGAAUUUGGAUUCUGGCCGAUGAUCCUCUCGAACUUGGUGAUGGGCCUGAUCCUGAUGUGCUGGUGGAGUUUUUGGACCUUCCAGUACCAGGGCGUCGUCUGGCGUGAGGAUUUGAAGGAAGGAUGGGCGGUUUGG